CCAUGAAAUUGGGGUGGCUUGGAAUCUUAGGGAGCUUUAGAGAGCAGCUACUGGUUACCUAGGAAAGUCUUGGCCUUCACACAGCUGGGUCUGGAACCGUGGAGAGUGGUUGAAUAUACAAGGCCAUACUAAGGAUUGGCGCCCUAGGCCCCUGGGUGGGGGUGGAGGGGAUCUGUAAAAAGAGGAACCAGACUAAAGGAGAGAGCAGGAGGCUGGGGCCCCUGUGUCACGUGGCUCCAGCCAGCAGGAAAGGGGCCCCUUUUACCCACCCACGGGCGCGGACGCCGCAGGACAUGGGGUUCAAAGCCAGACUACAGAGGUCCCUAGAGGCAGAAGCUCCCUUGCCUCGGUUUCCCCAUUGCAUGCCAUGAGAAUCCCGGGGGCCGGGGGAGCAGCAUGCUGAGGUCCUGAGGGGGUGACAGGCGAGUGUGGCUCAAGGUCCUGAGGGGUGACAGGCGGAGUGUGGCUCGCGCCAGCUGGGGCGGGGCAAGAGGCCCCGAGCUCCAGGAUCCCCGCCCCGCAGGUUUCCUCUGGGCUCCUUAUCAGGCGCAGCCAGGCCCUUAUCUGCGCCAGCCCUGCAUCCUCUGGCCGCUUAGUCGGGGUGAGAGAGAGGAAGCCCAGCCAUCGAGGGUGGGGGAAAGGGAGGGCAAGUCCAAGAACCGCUCACUUUCUCUCGGGGGAUCCACGCCGCCUCUGAAGCAGGGAGGAGGCCCAGUCCAGCUCCAGGGCCCAACGGGACCACCUAGGACACAUUGGCUCAACUGGACAGUGGGAACUGCAGCCUGGCCUAGACUGACAGCCCUGACCACAGUUGGGCACUCCAGGCUGCAGGAACUGCUACUACGGGGUGAGCACCCCUUCCUCAGGGGUCCAUGUGCCCCCCCCAGGCCCAGGCAGAGGUGGGCCCCGCCAUGACUGAAAAAGCUGAAAUGCUGUGUGCCUCCAAUCCAGCACCUGACUGGCCCCCUAACCCUGCCUCACCUGGGCCCCUUCCUGCAGAGGAGGGCCACCGAGGUGCUUCCACCCCCUGGUUGCCUCCAGGUGUGCCAGUGAUCAGCCUGGGUCACACCAGGCCCCCAGCCAUGCCCAACACGGAGCUGAGUGUCCUUAGGCCCCCCUUGCUGCAGCUCUCGGCCUUGGGAACAGCCCCACCCACCCUGGCCCUGCAUUAUCACCCUCACCCCUUCCUCAACAGUGUCUACAUUGGGCCAGCAGGACCUUUUAGCAUCCUCCCUAGCAGCCGGCUGAAGCGAAGACCAAGCCCUAGUGAGCUGGACCUGGCUGAGGGGCACCAACCCCAUAAAGUGGCUCGGCGCGUGUUCACCAACAGCCGUGAGCGCUGGCGGCAGCAGAACGUCAAUGGCGCCUUCGCGGAGCUCAGGAAGUUGCUGCCGACUCACCCGCCGGACCGGAAGUUAAGCAAGAACGAGGUGCUACGCCUCGCUAUGAAGUACAUAGGUUUCCUGGUACGGCUGCUGCGCGACCAAGCGGCCGCGCUGGCGUCGGGCCCGGCCACGCCAGGGCCACGAAAAGGGCAUGUGCACCGAGGCCUGGACGACAGCACCAGCCGUGGGUCCGGCCGCAGGAUGGAGGCCGCGGCCUGCACGCAGGCUACGCUCCCCGGGGACUGUGCAGGCCACCCUGGGUCGGUGACCCGGCCCAUCAAGAUCGAGCAAGCAGCCGAAGUGCGGUGACCAUGCAGCAUCUACCAACUUGCUGCGCAGCGUAGCAAACUCCCUCCAAAAGGGACUGAGGUGGCCCAGAUGAAGAAAAGGGUGGCCUUCACCCCGGGGCUUUCUUCACUUACUCACUGGCCAUUUGCAGUGGUCUUGUCAGUGUCCUUUUCCCAAGACCAAGGCCAGAGAACCAACAAGGCAAAGCGGUCAUCGGACCCCAGUGGUGCCUCUUUAUUCCGGGUUGGGGUUGCUGGGAGAGGUGGUGGUGGUGGUGGUGGUGGUGGUGGUGUGUCUGGAAGCCUUCCUACUUCUCACCGGUGCCUCCUGCCAGAGGCCGGAGGCCCGACACCCCUCAAGUGUGGAGUACCCACGCUGUCCAGCCCUACCCGCUGUCGGCACGAUUGAUCCGAUUGACCGCGUUAAGGAAAGCCCAGGCGCUCUUGCUUUUGUUUUUCUUUAUUUCUUUAUUUCACAUACACAUUAGCCAUUCAAUGGAGAAGCCAGAGAGAGUCAGGCAAAGAUGGUAUAACAGAAGCGCAGUGACGGAGGGGGGCAGGGUGGGGUGGAGAGGGGACAGACGGGCUGGCUGCCUACUUGCAUUCCUCUAGGACACUGAAAACCCAGAAAACAAAACAGACAGUGAACUACCCUUGUUUCUUAUGUAUCUCAGUGCAGAGACGGGGUGGAGGGCAGAGAAGGGGAGACCAGGCUGAAAGAGGAGCAGAGGGAGGGGUCGCUAAGGGGAAGCACACCAAAUCCAUUAGUACUAUAUAUAGAGAUACUCGUAUAUACUGCGUUUCUUAGCCUAAGAAGAAACUUGUUUGACGGGACGGGCGGCCUUGAUGGUCCGCGAUGCUGGUGCUGGUCGGGCGCACGGAUCUCCCAGAAGGGCCAAAGCGGGGCUGGCCCAGGCUGGCUUGCGGGGGUGGGGGCGCCCCGAGAGUGGAUGGGGGGGCAGAGGUGGGGCUGGGGUGUCCCUAGGGCUCUCGAUUGGGGGACAAAAGUUCUUGUGGCUUUAUUGCUCCUUUAUUUUUCUCUCGUGUGUGUGUGGGGGGGUCCGUUUUGCACGGUCAGGGUGGGGAAAUGGUGGGUCGUCUGAGCCACCCGGCCCCUCUGGGACCCAGAGCGCGGCGUCCGCUCCGCCAGCACGGGGGUGAGAACAAGGCACUAGGUCGGCCGGCCAGCGCGGGGGCGGGUGUGUAAGGCAGUCGACAGGGCUGGUUGAGGCGUAGGGUGGGGCUGUGUGGGGGCAGUGUGUGUGCGUGCGUGCGCGGGCCUGGGCAAAUUGACCUAUCAGAGUGGCUGGUCCUGUCCUGGGGCAUCAAGCCUUUCGGGUGCUCCCGAGGGAGGGGGGGGGCAGGGAUGGAAUAAUGUUGCGUGGUGGGGAAGGGAGUCGGGGAGGAAAUUACCAACUUGCUGAGCGCGCUCCUGAUUAAUGCUGGUGAGGGUCAAGUUGGCGUCUGGCUCAAAGAAGGGCGCUCGGGAUGGAGAGGAAGGGAGAGAAAGGGACAGGGACGUUUGUUCAUUGGCAUUGACCUCUGCGGGGGAGGGGGAGGGGGAUCCCCGCCUCGCCCCGGUGCCUGGAGAGGGAUGGGGCGAGGGAGGGGCGAUGGGCCCCAGGGAAGGGGCGCCCGGGAAGACCCGCAGCCAGAGCAGCCCAGUCGCCGGGCCUUCAAGCCGCUGUCCCGUUCCGUUAAACUCAACGAAGAAGGGAUAUGCGUGUUCCUAACAAGUGCAGGAUAUUUAAUUGAUUCAUAAACAUAUGUAUAAUAGUUUGUGGGUUUUUAAACGUACUUAAUAAUGUAAGAAGCACCAGGGUUUUGUGUUUAAUUAUCUUAAAAAUAAUUUUCUCUCGUCCUUUUCCUUUUGAUCCUUUUUUUUUUCGUCAAGGUGUUUUUCAAAAGACAAAAUGUGAAUGUUUCUUUCAGCCCUCCCACCAAAACUGAGAAUGAACGACGAAACAAAUUAAAACACCAAAUCAUCCUCGUCAACGCAGGAAAAUAGCUUAAAAAAUAAACUGAAAACGAAGAAAAAUGGAAAAAAAAAA